ACGGUCCAACUUUUUUAUAAUUAUUUCCUGACUUCUACACAGUAACUUUACUGUUGUCAAUUUGCACAACACAACACUCUCUUUUUAAUAAUUUCAUCUCCUCUUCAUCACUUUUCUCUUUCUUCUCCUCUUCUUCCACCUCGCCGCCUUUACAACAUCCCUAUUCCUUUUCCUUCCAUACUUUAUCCUCAAUCUCUAUCUCUCUUUGGAUCUUUCCCUAAAUAUUCUCCAAAUCCCAAAUCUACCAUUUUCAUCUUCAAUUAAAACCUAAAUCCCCUUUUCGGAAUCAAUUAUCUCAUCCGAGAUCCACUGAUUUUGAGUAGAAAUAAAUAAAUUACAGAAAAAAUAUGCUGUAAUUGGUGAAGUGAUGUCAUGUUCAUCUAGUCAGAGAAUCAUCACUGCAGGGACCAUUUGGUAGUUGAGAGAGAGAAGUAAAAAAAAUACCCAUCGAAAAUACUGAAGUGAUAAAAGCAGAUUGACUGGUAGCUGUUGAAGAGAGAGAGAAAAAAAGAGGCGUUUAUUUUCUCUUUCUAAAAAAACCCUAAAAAGUUUUGGGUAUGCCGGCGGAUUUAGAUGUUUCUUCACCAAAAACCAUGUCAAAUAGUACUGGGCAAACUGGUGAUGCAAGUAUUUCUUCUAGCGCCGAUCAAAUUGAACCCUUAAAACCUCCACCUAAAAAGAAGCGUAAUCAGCCUGGAAUGCCUGAUCCAGAUGCAGAGGUGAUUGCCUUAUCACCAAAAACAUUAAUGGCAACCAACAGAUUUGUGUGUGAAAUUUGCAAUAAAGGGUUUCAAAGAGAUCAGAACCUUCAAUUACAUAGAAGAGGCCAUAAUUUGCCAUGGAAAUUGAGACAAAGAACAAGUAAAGAGAUUAAAAAAAGGGUUUAUGUUUGUCCUGAACCUAGUUGUGUUCAUCAUGAUCCUUCAAGAGCUUUGGGUGAUUUGACUGGAAUUAAGAAACAUUUUUGCAGAAAACAUGGUGAAAAGAAAUGGAAAUGUGAAAAAUGCUCUAAGAAAUAUGCUGUUCAAUCUGAUUGGAAAGCUCAUAUCAAGAUUUGUGGUACCAGAGAGUAUAAGUGUGAUUGUGGAACAAUUUUUUCAAGGAGGGAUAGUUUUAUCACACACAGAGCAUUCUGUGAUGCUUUAGCUGAAGAAAGUGCAAGAAAUCAUCGUCCUCCUAAUCCUAUAAAUGGCAAUAACAACAAUAAUAACAAGAUGGAAUUGGAUUCAAAAGCUUCCAUUGCAAUUGAAUCGCCACCACCACCCCCUCCACCACCGCCAAAAAAGUCGUCACCGCCUAGAACUCUGCCUCUUCAACCUCCCCUUUUGACUCAAUCAACUUCUAUGGUGUCAUCUAUUUUGCCUAUUCAAAGCUCAGAUCAAGCAGUAGCAGAGAAUCCUGGUCCGGUCUCGGACGUUUCAGUUCCUCCGGUUUCGAUUGCUGUGACUGGUUUGAAUGAUAACUGUAACAGUAGCACUAGUUGCAGUUCCAGCAGUGGUGCUGCUGCCAACACUAGCAGCAGUGUGUUCGCUACCAUAUUCGCGUCGACCAUAACCGCACCAGCAGCACCUAGUUUACCGUCCCUCCCAAAUCCGGGUUUCUCAGACUUCAUCCAAACCAUGGCUCGACCUGAAUUCCCGCCACCAGAACUUUCCCUGCCCGUAUCAACAGAACCCAUUUCACUUUGCCUUGCUACAAAUCAUGGGUCAUCGAUUUUCGGACCUGCUGGUCAAGAACGAAGGCAAUACGCUCCGCCUCCACAAGCUGCAAUGUCAGCCACAGCACUACUUCAGAAGGCUGCUCAAAUUGGCAGUGCAAAUGGCGGUUCAUUACUUCGUGGACUUGGCCUUGUAUCAUCAACUUCACCUGCUGCGCCUUCAGAAACUCUUCAAUGGGGUUCACGGCAAGUUGAGCCUGAGACUCGCCCUGUCCUGUCAAGCCUUGGGCUAGGCUUGCCUUGUGAUGAAGGGUCCGGAAUGAAGGAACUAAUGAUUGGAAACUCAUCAAUGUUUGGACCGAAACAGCCAACCCUCGACUUUCUAGGAUUGGGAAUGGCCGCAGGGGGGAGCUCAAAUAACAGUCUCACAGCAUUGAUCUCAUCGAUGGGAAAUGGCCUUGAUGUGGCAGCCGCAGCAGCAGCAGCAGCAUUCGGAGGACCAGAAUUUAGCAGUAAAGACAUGGGAAGGAGCUGAGAAGCUAGAUUGUACAGGGCAUCUCUUUGAUGUUACAGAGAAAUCAAAAUCAGACAUAAAUUUAGGUGGGGUUACUUUGCAAAAUUAACCUAGAAUCAAAGACUAGAGGCAGUUGGGAUUUUUUUGAUGGUUCUACUGCUCUCAUAAUGAUAAAAAAAAGGGGGGGCUAUAAACAAAAUGUUGUACUAUGUUGUAAUUCAACUACUUUUGCUUAGAACUGUAGCCAAAUGCCUUCCCCCCUAAUUUUAUUUAUGUAAAAAAGGGGAGGGGGCUAGUGGAUACAUGAAUGGAGAUAUAAGUUCUAAUUUACAGUCUGCUAUUUUCAUGGUUUUUGCUGCUUUA